UUGAUCCAUAAUUGUGGGAUGACGGUACGCUCCCUUCUAGAAGAACCAGCCAAACCGCAAAUUCUCUUAUUAUCCAAUCCUUGCGGAAUUCCGUCGUCAGUCUGCAGAACAGAACGGUCGGGAUCACAUGUGAAGUGCCGGGACCUGCCCCAACCGUACCGAAUACCAUUUUAAGAAAGGCGUCGAGUCGUCUCAUCUUACGCGCGCGUUCGCAAAAUGCUUAAGGAACCGUUGCUUCUCGUCAUAACGAUCGCGUCUCAGCUGUUGCACGCGGUGAAAGAAUUUCCACUUCCGACUACGGUGCUUCUGGGUGUAGUGAUCGUUGUUUACCUGUUCGCUCACGCCGAUCGUGAUCAUUUGAAGACUUGGCUGCAAAUUAAUGGUGCUAAAAAUGGUUCGAAGAAAAGUGUCAAGUUCUAUCUGAAUCAACUACCCGGACCGCAGUGUAUUCCGCUGCUGGGCAACUCGCUGAUGAUGGCAACUGAUCGGGAAGACAUGUUCAACCGAUUGACAACAGCGCGCAAAUUAUACGGCCGCAAGCAGGGAAUUUGCCGCAUCUGGAACGGUCGCACACCAUACGUGUUGAUCUCGAAAGCCGAACCGGUGGAACGGAUCCUCAGCAGCAGCGUCAACAUCGAAAAAGGUCGGGACUACGGUUUCCUAAGGCCGUGGCUUGGCAAUGGGCUGCUCACCUGUCCUGGGUCGCGAUGGUACAAACGCCGAAAAGCACUCAAUCCAACCUUCAACUACAAGAUGCUGUCGGAUUUUUUGGAGGUGUUCAAUCGACAAGCUCAGACCAUGGUGCGCCUCAUGGAAAAGGAGCUGAACAGGGAAAAUGGGUUUAACUGUACCCGGUAUGCGACGCUGUGCUCGCUGGAUAUCCUGUGCGAAACCGCUAUGGGAUGCCCGAUUCAAGCUCAGGAGCAGUUCGGAUCGGACUAUGUAAAGGCGCAUGAAGAAAUCGGAUGCAUAAUGCUGGAACGCUUGCAGAAAAUCUGGCUCCAUCCAGAUUUUAUCUACAAACGCACGAACUUUUACAAACGUCAGAGCGAAUGUUUGAAGAUACUUCAUGGUUUCUCCGAAAACGUCAUAAAACAGCGCCGUCUUCAGAGAGACGCCUCUCUGGCAAACAAACACGAUGAAGACCCAUCGAUAGAAAUUGGACGAAAACGACAGCUGGCAUUCUUAGACCUUCUGCUGGAGGCGACUCAAGAUGGUCAACCGUUGAGCGAUCGCGACAUCCGUGACGAAGUCGAUACUUUCAUCCUGGGAGGUCACGAUACUACGGCUACCGCGAUCGGCUGGCUACUCUACCUACUGGGAACGGAUCCCCAGGUACAGGAUCGAGUUUUUGAAGAAAUCGACUCCAUCAUGGGACAGGAUCGCGAUCGACCUCCCACUAUGAUCGAACUCAAUGAAAUGAAAUACCUGGAAUGCUGCAUCAAGGAAGCCCUCCGCUUAUUCCCUAGCAUUCCUCUGAUCGCUCGUAAAUUAACGGAGUCAGUGAACGUCGGAGACUACACCAUUCCUGCCGGAACCAACGCCGUAAUCGUAGUCUACCAACUGCACCGAGACACUCAAAUCUUCCCAAAUCCGGACAAAUUCAACCCGGAUCGUUUCCUACCGGAAAACUCCCAAGGACGCCACCAGUACGCCUACAUUCCAUUCAGUGCCGGACCACGGAACUGCAUAGGUCAAAAGUUUGGCCUUCUCGAGGAAAAAGCUGUGGCCGUAGCGGUUCUACGGAAAUAUCGCAUCACAUCGCUCGACCGACGGGAGGAUCUAACCUUGUACGGCGAACUGGUGCUGAAGUCAAAAAAUGGUCUAAGAAUUAGCAUUUCCCAAAGACAAUAGCACUCGGCUUCGUAUAGAAUAAAAACCCAUCCAACUGAA